AUGGCGAUACUAAAUCUUAUACUGAUUCUGAGCGUAAUCAGCUUUGCUCCUUUGGAUGCGUUUGAUCUUUUCAAGAAAGAUCAUUUGAUACCCUCCGAUGGAUUCCACGAUAUGCUGGGUCUGGUUCCAUUUUGGCUGUCAGAGAGCUUUCCCGACAAUGACCUUAGACGUACUUUAGGAACAAAAAGGGACAAUCUUCCCACGUCAUGGGAAACGCUUACAUCUGAGUCGACUGGCACCAAAACCUAUUCAAUACAAGGCAGAUGCAGUCUAGAAGGAAAGUUUUCCGCAGAAAAGUCUGUACUUGUAACCAAAAAGGGGGAUAAUUGUGAAAACCCAUCUCUGAAAAUGGUAUUUGACAAGAUAUUCCCCAGUAUUGAUGUUAUGAGAACAACACAACAGCUGGUCAAUCCAGAUUCGUUCUUCUUUGAGAAUCUCGAAAUCAACAGAGGCAGCAAAGAGGUGACAGUAGAGGCAAAAGCAAAAGAUUCUUGGCGACUUCUAAGCGGAGAUAACUUUGUUCUUGGUGGUGCCUCUCUAAUACUUGGUUUCAAGGCCGGUGAGCCUGUUGAUGGAAUUAAAAGCUGGAAAAUCAAGGCUGAAGGAACAGUUGGUGUGUCUGCACACAGUCUCAAAAUGGUUAUUGACAAGCCAAGAAACAAGGCCUCUCUACCGUUCCAAUGGAAAAUAGAUUCCCUCCUUAUGACAGAUUUAAUGGGCAUUUUUGGAAUUACUAUGUCCCAACUUAACUUUUUGGCCAUUGGCUUCGACACCAGUAAUCUGAAAGGUUUGACAUUCGAAAGUCCUGACUGCAAUGGACAAAUCGAUUUUGUUCAAGAUACAACUCAGCGAUCAUCGGAAACAUUCCAAAUUGUCUGCAAGGCAUCGAUUUCCAAUUCUGCUGCUUUCAGAACUGGUGACGUUUACUUGAUUAUGACAAGAGCAGCUGGUCAAGUUGUGAGACCAGCGAUUGUUAUCGAUGUUGCAGAUACGAUUAACAUUCAAGAAACAUUGGAGAAUUUCAUAUCUGAGGGAGCUUUUAUAAGCGAUUUUGCAAUGCUUGGAAGAAUAGAACGCAACUGCAUUAUCAUGAUAGCCAAGGAUACAAUCGUUAUGGUGGAUAAUAAAAAGCUUAUGGAUGUGGUAAAGCCCUUCAUAACCGAAUUUGAUACUAAAAUGAUUCCUAAAGGUGUAAACGUCAGAGUGAUGAUCCCUCUGAGAGCAAAUAUGCAAAGUCAAAAAGAUUGCAAGGAAAAUUUACCAGCAGAAGUACCAGAGCAGCUAGCAGUCACAAUAGAGAUAACAGCCGGCGGGUUAAGUUUUUCAUUCCCGGAACAGUUUAAGAGCGACAUGCCUAAGUUCCUAAAGUGUUUGGAUCCUCAAAUAAAAGCAGAACUUCCAAGACAACUCUUCCCCCCUACUGCUGGACCAAUUGACAUAAAAGAAAUAACUAUUGGUCAAGGAAGAUUCUUUAAGAUUACAGUUGUUUUGAAAGGACCAUUUGUCUUCAUGGGAGGGAAGGUCAAUGUUAGCGAUCUUGAAGUUACAAUAGUGAAGCAAAGUGGUAAAGAACUGCAAUUUGCUGGUGUGACAACGAUAGCAGUUGGACCAUUGUCUGUAGGUUUGACAUUAGAGAAGCAGGGAAACAAGUAUGCCUUGUCAGCUUACGUGAAAACCUUUAAACUGGAUCAGCUACAGGAGAUGAUUGGACCAAACACACUACUUGAUUUCAUUAGCUUGUUGGGAAACUUAAAAGAUUUUGGCAUAAAAGAUUUCAAGCUUGUAAAGAAUUUUGGCAAAGGAGAUGAGCACAAAUCAUUAAGAAUUGCUGGAAGGCCGAUUCUCUGGGGCUGGGAAAACAGCUAUAUCGAGGGUCUUAUUUGGAAACCAAGAAAAGGCACAGAUCAACCUGCCACGGCAGUCGCAGUUGGAAUCGUCAUCGAAAAAGUUCGACUGGACAAGCUUAUGGAGAGAAUAUUCGGCAGCAAGCUCUUUUCAGUUGCAUGGUUUUCUGAAAUGACUGCAUUGAUCAUAAUUUCAAAUGCAAACGGUGAAGUAGAAAGUUCCUCGGAUAGAAAGGGCAAGGCAAACAAUGUUGGUGAAGCUCAGAAAGGUAAAUCUAAUUCAAAAAGCAGUGCCUCUGGCAGAAGAUUCGACGUCUCUGAAGCACUUUUUUCGACGUUCGAGCGGAGGAAAAGGGAUCUCAGACCAGAUUUCACGUAUCCGCACAACACUAGAAAGUUUCAGAAACAAAGAAAGCAAGCAAGCCCAUAUUUUGAGCCAUACAGAAGUGGAUUGUAUGGAAGGAAUCACGUUUACGGGAAAAAUCUAAGAUUAGGGGUUGAGAAACGGACACUUCGCAAAAGAGCUCAGACGAAACCAAAGUCUGAAAGCAAAGGAAGUGAAGGAAAUAAAAAUUCAGACGCGAAAGAAGACAAUGAAGAAGACGUGGUUGAAUUCUCUGUUCCGUAUCUCAGUUCAAAGGGCAUAGAGAAAGGUUACUAUAUGCAUGUUUUUUCAGUUCUAUGAGCAAAUUUUGUAAAUCGUCAUAAUGCGGGAAAUGAGCUAAAAAUAACAAAAAUUGUCAAUGUAGAUAGUUAUCUUUAAAGUCAGCUGGCUUGCGCUUUGAAUGUAGGCCACUCAUGAAAAAGGUAGAAAAGAACAUAAAGUGCAUCAAAGUUUGGUUGCCUGAGUUGCAGACUGGGUAACACAUUGACAGACUGGUAAACAAUAACUCAAAGUGAUUUUGAUUUAAUCAACUCAUUUACAAAAUCAUUUUUUACCAGAUUUCUUUUCACAUGAUUGUCAAUUUUCUGUUCGUUUUAGGAUUAACGUUUGUGGGAAUUUUCAAUAUUCCACAAGACAAUGGCUGUUUUGGAGACUCCGUGUGUCUUUGGCUUGCUGAGAAAGUCGGAAAAGAUGCAACAAUUGAAAUUUCAGGCACAAUAUCAAAGUCAGGAUUCAAGUUGGGUGCCUCCUUUUCUGGUACCAUUCCAGUCAAUACAGAUGGUUCACUUGCAUUGCAAAAAAUAGACUUGCAGUUGGAGUUGAGCGGCAAAGAGUCGUCUGUUAAACUGGAAUGCACAUUGUAUUGGAACAUCCCACAACAUCUUGGCUCUGGUCAAGUCCAAUUUAUAGGUUUGUAUAUAUUUAUGUAUGAAUCCAAAAUUUAUGUAUUUCCUGUGACUCUUUCUUAUAAUUUAUGCUCCCUUUAAAUAUUUUAAAGGUUUGGCAAGACCUUCCUUCCUUGAGAUACAUUGUGCACCUAGUCAUUCUUUGUGAAUAUUUAAAUCUUAUA